AUGAAGUUCAACUUGUUCAGAAGGCCACAGGCCGUGGCAGCCGCAGAGCCCACCGGUGCCACCACCGUGACCAUGGGUCCCACCUCGGUUUUCAUCUCCACCUCUGUGCCAGACACCUCUGGCUCCAACAACACAGAGAUCAACAAAAAUGACAUGUUUGAGGAGAUCAAAAGCAAAUUCUUGAAUGAAAUUGAUAAAAUCCCAUUGCCUCCAUGGGCCCUGAUUGCCAUUGCUGUGGUGGCCGCAUUGCUCAUCCUGACCUGCUGUUUCUGCAUAAUCAAAAAAUGCUGCUGCAAGAAGAAGAAGAACAAGAAAGGGAAAAAGGGCAAGGAUGGCUUCAACAUGAAGAACAUGCAAGGCGAGAAACAACAGGAUGACGAUGAUGAUGAGGGAGAGACCGGACUGACGGAGGAGGAGAAAGAAGAGGAGGAAAAAGAACAAGAGAAGCUGGGGAAGCUGCAAUAUUCUAUAGAUUAUGACUUUGAGAAUGCAAAGCUCACAGUUGGCAUCCUUCAAGCUGCGGACCUCAUCUCCAUGGACUCAGGUGGAACCUCCGAUCCUUAUGUUAAAGUCCUGCUCCUACCUGAGAAGAAGAAGAAGUAUGAUACCAAAGUCCACAAGAAAACACUGAACCCUGUCUUCAAUGAGACAUUUGUAUUCAAGGUGCCCUAUGAGGAGCUUGGUGGGAAGACUCUGGUGAUGUCUGUUUAUGACUACGACCGAUUUUCCAAACAUGACGUCAUUGGAGAGGUGAAGAUUCCCAUGAACACCAUCGACCUCGGAAGACCGAUCGAGGAGUGGAAGGAUCUGGAGAGCGCGGAUCAAGAGGAGCCUGAGAAACUCGGAGACAUCUGUAUCUCCCUCCGUUAUGUUCCCACUGCCGGGAAACUCACCGUCUGCAUCCUGGAGGCAAAGAACCUGAAGAAGAUGGAUGCCUGCGGAUUAUCUGAUCCUUAUGUAAAGAUCCAGCUGCUGCAGGGGGGUAAGCGCCUGAAGAAAAAGAAGACUACAGUGAAGAAGAACACCCUAAACCCUUACUAUAACGAGUCAUUCAGCUUUGAAAUCCCGCUGGAACAGAUGCAGAAAAUCUUGGUGGCAGUCACAGUGUUUGAUUAUGACAAGAUUGGUAAGAAUGAUGCCAUCGGGAAGAUCUUCGUGGGCAGUAAGGCAACUGGCCUAGGUCUGAAGCACUGGUCCGACAUGCUGGCUAAUCCGCGCCGCCCCAUUGCCCAGUGGCAUCCAUUGCAGCCAGAGGAGGAUAUUGAUGGUCAGCUGGCAUCCUUGGCUGCAAAGAAGUAACGAACUCCACCAACCAGCUAAUGCACUAACUCAGAAAUCCAGCCCCCACCCCUACUUUGCAUGAAACCUAUGACUUAACACAUGACUACUCGUCAUGAAACCUGCUCAGCAAAAAAGAGACAUAUUAGAAUAUCUGCUCAUUCAUGGUUAAGUCAAAAAAACAACUCUUUUUAAGCAUCACAUUUCACACAUUAGUGUAUGUUGAGAGGAAUGGUGUUGAGUUAUCGGGUGACUGGUACCUGAAUGAUCGACUUUUGGUCUUUCUUUCAUUUGAAGAAACAUAGAAACUGAUUCUAAGGGUGCUGACAUGGAAUGGAAGUCUUGGUGAAAACAAUGCUGGAAAUAAAGCUUUAGUUUAGUUUAUAGAGCAUGCUUUACUUACCUCCCCACUGCUCUGCAUACACCAUGCCCAGUGUUGUAUCUUGUUAAUAAGUGUGCUAUAACUUGCAAUAGAAAGUACUGUAGUAUUGGGUUAUUUCCUGCAUAGUCUGUUUAAGUCUAUUAAUGCAAAAAGAUUUAAUUGUGAAUGAAUGAGGUCAGCACUGACUGCAGCGAUCCAUGUUGCAAUAUAUUUAUAUAGAAAUCUGCAUAAAUGAUCUCUUCAUCUUAUCAGCUUACAUUUGAGAAGGAGAUACAUACCGUACAGUGCAGUCGUAUAUAGUAUGGCAGGGAUGACACAGUUGACUGAUCUAUGUUGCUUGUUUUGUGUUGCCAUGAAGGCACAUCUAUGCAUUUAGGUUCAACACACAUUUCCGCGUCUUCAGACAGAUCUAAUGUAGGACAGGAAUACAAGGGUGCCUUUGCUGAUGUGACACUUUGAGAAAUACAUUAAGCUUCAUUGUUUUCUUUAGCGAAUACCAUCCAAAAGUAGUCAGGGACACUGUGAAUGUGCCAUCUGGAAUCUCUCUUGAGCUGUGUUGACCACUUGGAUGUAAAAUCUUACUUAUCUGUGCACAUAGUAAGGAUACUAGAAGGCUUACCAAUGAUGUUCAAUACAAUCAAUUUUCAAUUUUGAAUUGCUUUAUAAAAAGCGCCAUCUAUCUGGUUUUUGUUUUGAUAUCCAUGAAUCGGAUUAAAUGUCUGUCUUUGACAAAUGUUGUAGAUUCAUAAACAUACUUUGGUACACUUCAAUACUUAAUACAAUAGUUUC